GAGGAGGGGGAGGGGCGGAGCGAGCAACGACACCGCUUUCCUUUCCGAUAAAGAAGCAGCAGUGCGAUCGUCUGUGAGUGGAUCGGAUGGUGUGCUUCUUGCGAUGAGAUCUGCCGAUCAGUGGGGGGCCAUGGACGAGGAUCGUGCCGGGGAGCAGAUGAGACCUCUGCUGACUACGGGGCACGAUGAGGAAGCCGUAGUUGAUCUGGGGAAAACCAGCUCUACAGUUAACACCAACUUUGAGAAGGAAGAGCUAGAAAGGCACAGAGCUGUUUAUAUUGGUGUACAUGUUCCCCUUGGCAGACAGACUAGGAGAAGGCACAGACAUCGGGGCCACAAACAUCAUCGGAAAAGAAAGGAAAAAGAAGAAAAUGACAAAGAUGACGGCCGGGAAUCUCCAAAUUAUGAUACCCCAUCGCAGCGCGUGCAGUUUAUUCUGGGUACUGAGGAUGAUGAUGAAGAGCACAUACCACACGACCUCUUCACCGAGAUGGAUGAGCUUUGCGUUCGGGAUGGAGAGGAAUGUGAAUGGAAGGAGACUGCAAGAUGGCUGAAAUUUGAGGAAGAUGUUGAAGAUGGUGGAGAUCGAUGGAGUAAGCCUUACGUGGCCACACUUUCACUACACAGCCUCUUUGAAUUGAGAAGUUGCAUACUCAAUGGCACAGUGAUGUUGGACAUGAGAGCCAGCACCAUAGAGGAAAUUGCAGAUAUGGUGCUGGACAACAUGACAGCGUCAGGACAGCUGGAUGAUUCCAUGAGGGAAUGUGUCAGAGAAGCUCUCUUAAAAAGACAUCACCAUCAGAACGAGAAGAAGCUGAGUAACCGUAUCCCACUGGUGCGGUCCUUCGCUGACAUAGGCAAGAAACAUUCUGAUCCUCACUUGCUUGAACGAAACGGGGACGGCCUUUCAGCCUCCCGUAAUUCAUUGCGUGCUGAAUCUCGCUUAUCCCUUCUGCUCAAUUAUAUUCUGCCUCCCUCGAGAGUUGGAACCCCAGCUGGCUCCCGGCGUACAACCCCUGUACCAACCCCCCAAAACACCCCGCCUGGCAGCCCUAAAUUUGAUCGGCUGCCUUCCACGAGUUCUCAGCAGAGUGACUGGGUCCCAUUGAUGCAGCAGUGUACUGUUGAUGAUAUCCCCACCGUAAUAAUUCACCCACCUGAUGAGGAGGAUGAAAAUCGGGAAGCCUUGGACCCAAAGAAAGAAGACUUUCAUGAUUUUGAUCCAGGGCUGCUAUCUUCUCCACAGUCAACCCCUGCAAACCUGGACGCUAGUAGAUUAUCGGAGAUCAAGCGGAACGGAACCGGAGGAGGCAGCCAUGAAAAUAGCACAGUUGACUUUAGUAAGGAUUAUGACUCCUGGCACUGUAAUUGUGGCACGUUUGUAACGGGACGCAAGAGGUCGGCUGUUGACAUGAACUUUAUGAGGAAGAUCCCUGCUGGAGCUGAGGCAUCAAACGUUUUAGUGGGAGAAGUAGAGUUUUUAGAUCGGCCAAUCAUUGCCUUUGUGAGGUUGAGUCCGGCAGUCCUUCUGUCUGGACUCACAGAAGUACCAAUCCCAACUAGGUUUUUAUUUGUAUUAUUGGGUCCAAAUGGAAAAGCUGCUCAAUAUCAUGAAAUUGGAAGAUCAAUAGCUACUCUAAUGACUGAUGAGAUAUUCCAUGAUGUUGCCUACAAAGCGAAAGACAGAAAUGAUCUUUUAGCAGGAAUAGAUGAGUUCUUAGACCAAGUGACGGUCCUACCUCCUGGAGAGUGGGAUCCAACUAUACGCAUUGAGCCACCAAAAAGUGUUCCUUCUCAGGAAAAACGCAAAAUCCCAACCAUCCCAAAUGGUUCAACACCAACAGGUGAGACGUUAAAAGAGGAACAACACCAUGCUGGACCAGAGCUCCAAAGAACUGGAAGGCUUUUUGGUGGUUUGAUGCAUGACAUCAAAAGGAAAGCACCUUUUUUCUUGAGUGACUUCAAGGAUUCAUUAAGCCUGCAGUGCCUGGCCUCCGUUCUUUUCCUAUACUGUGCCUGUAUGUCUCCUGUAAUCACUUUUGGAGGUCUCCUGGGAGAAGCCACACAAAACAGAAUAAGUGCAAUAGAGUCUCUCUUAGGAGCAUCACUAACGGGCAUUGCCUAUUCUCUAUUUGCUGGACAACCCCUCACCAUAUUGGGAAGCACGGGACCUGUCUUAGUUUUUGAAAAGAUUCUUUUUAAGUUUUGCAAAGAUUACAAACUGUCCUACCUGCCUUUGCGCACUAGUAUCGGCUUGUGGACUGCGUUUCUCUGUUUAACAUUGGUGGCCACGGAUGCAAGCAGCUUGGUCUGUUAUAUUACACGGUUCACAGAAGAAGCAUUUGCUGCGCUCAUUUGCAUAAUCUUUAUUUACGAAGCGCUAGAGAAGCUGUACCACUUGGCAGAGAAAUAUGUUUUCAAUAUGCACAAUGAUCUCGACAUGCUGACAAAAUACUCGUGUGUUUGUGCAGAGCCAGUCAACCCUGACAACAAGACUCUGGCCUUCUGGAGUGGCAACAAUAUUACUGUCAGUGACAUGCAAUGGGAUAACCUCACUGUCUCCGAUUGUAUUGCACAUCAUGGCUCGUUUGUAGGUUCUGCCUGUGGUCAUCACGGUCCUUAUAUUCCCGAUGUUUUCUUCUGGUCCCUCAUCUUGUUCUUUACAACAUUCUAUCUCUCAUCUUUUCUGAAACAGUUCAAGACCAAAAAUUAUUUUCCCACCAAGGUGCGAUCUACAAUUAGUGAUUUUGCCAUCUUCCUCACAAUAGUCAUUAUGGUGGUCAUUGACUAUCUUGUAGGUGUUCCUUCUCCAAAGCUGCAUGUUCCUGAAAAAUUUGAGCCCACAUUAAAGGACCGAGGAUGGUUUAUAGGUCCUUUAGGAACGAAUCCUUGGUGGACUAUACCAGCUGCUGCUAUUCCAGCUCUGCUUUGCACCAUUCUAAUCUUCAUGGAUCAGCAAAUCACAGCUGUGAUCAUUAAUCGAAAAGAACACAAGCUGAAGAAAGGAUGUGGCUACCAUCUUGACUUGUUCAUGGUUGCUGUCAUGCUGGGUGUAUGCUCCUUAAUGGGACUGCCGUGGUUUGUAGCUGCAACUGUUCUAUCCAUCAGCCAUGUUAACAGCUUAAAAGUGGAAUCUGAAUGUUCUGCUCCAGGAGAGCAGCCAAAAUUCCUGGGAAUCAAAGAGCAGAGGGUGACAGGUCUUCUGAUCUUUGUUCUGAUGGGACUGUCUGUAUUUAUGACCUCUGUUUUAAAGUUUAUUCCAAUGCCGGUUCUGUAUGGCGUUUUUCUAUAUAUGGGAGCGUCUUCACUAAAGGGUAUUCAGUUCUUUGACCGGAUAAAGCUUUUUGGAAUGCCAGCCAAACAUCAGCCAGACCUCAUCUACCUGCGUUAUGUCCCCCUCUGGAAAGUGCAUGUGUUCACUGUCAUACAGCUCACUUGCCUGGUUCUUUUAUGGGUCAUCAAAGUAUCUCAAGCUGCUGUUGUGUUUCCCAUGAUGGUCCUUGCUCUGGUAUUUAUUCGUAAAUUAUUGGACUUCUGUUUCACCAAACGUGAGCUAAGCUGGUUGGAUGAUUUGAUGCCAGAAAGUAAAAAAAAGAAAGAGGAUGAUAAGAAGAAAAAGGAGAAAGAGGAAGCGGAGAGAAUGCGCCAGGUGGAAGACGGUGAUCAGUUGGCUUUUGAAGCCACGAAUCUUCUCCAGAUUCCAGUCAAAAGCUUAAAGUACAGCCUUGAUCCAUCAGUUGUAAACAUAUCAGAUGAGAUGGCAAAAACCGCACAAUGGAAGGCUCUUUCAAUGCAUCCUGAAAAUGAAAAAUUAUCCAAAUCUAACCAGAGCCCUGACAAACCAGUUAAUGUAAAAAUCACACUUGAUGAUGGCUCUCUCCGCAAGUACGUGGACGCCGAGACCUCUGUAUAGAACCAAAUCAAGAGGAGCGUAUGUGUUUUGUGUACGUCAACGAGAGAAUGAACGAAUGAAUGUACAUGUUUCCAAUGACUAUCAAACCAUCAAAGUGUGAAAACAUUUCCAAAAUACUGUGUGUGCACCUGAUAAAUUAUUAGCACUGUAAAUACUGUAUAGGAUCUAAAAUGGGCGGUAUCCAACUGUAAUAAUAUGCCACAGAAUGAUCACUCAGCAAUUAUUUAUUCAAUAGGAGUUUUUAUAGACUUUUUUUAAUUGAUUUUAUUGUAUAUUUAAUUAGCCUGUCAUUCAGCAAUACUGUUUAAAUACCUGCCGACUUUCCAUUUGUCAUUCCCAGAAUUUCCAUAGAAAUGUUUUCCCAUGUGGAUGUAUAUUUUUAAUGCUUUUUUUCGUAUAUAUUUUUAUAAGUUUCUGUAAUUUCAUAUGUCGCCCACUUCAUUUGCUAAAUCCAUUUACAGAAAUGCAUUAAGGGAAAAUUCUAGCAGACUAAAUAAACCUCCGUAACACAAAUAAAAUUACUCUUUUAAGAUAACCUCAUAAGGUUAUUGCGUCCUUCUAAAAAAAAAUGUAGAACACUUUAUCACUGCAACUGUACACUACGCUAUAGCCAACAAAACCCAUAGGUAUUAGCAUUGAGGAAUUUUAGUAACAUUAAAUUUAGAAAGUUUCUGAUCACCCAACCACACCCUGCAAUAUUCUUGGUAACUAAGGGGUUGAUUUACUAAAUCUGGUGCAGCUCUGCAUAGAAACCAGCUUGCAGGUUUUUGUUUUUUUGGUCAAAGCUUACUUGAACAACCUGAAGUUGAAGCCGAUUUUUCACUCUCCGGUUUUAGUAAACCAACCCCUAAUGUACAGCUUUUGUGUUGUCUUCAAAUGUAUGAAAAGUAUGCUUUCAGUAAAAAUAUAUAAAUUCUUAGCAUGGUCGAUAGAUUUCUUUAUCAGGCAGAAGUCCCUCCAAGUCCUUUUGCAGUUAGUUAUGCUAUGUAGACUGCUCAGGUGUUCUGUUGUAAUCGUAAGCAUCAAACGAUAGGUGUCUAAUGUCUAUGGGCUUAAAAGAAGCUAGGACGGAAAUACAGGGGCUGCCAUUUCUCAAUUGUUUUUGAAAAUUUAAAGUAGACCUAAAUUUAAGCAAUCUUGUCCUUCAAACAAUGCAAGACAGGUCAGUUGUAAAUUAUAUAUGUCAUUACUUACAGUAGAAGGAAAGUCUGAAAUCUCCCAAGGUUUAAAAUUUGCCCCCCCGCUUAUAUACAUGCUGCAUACUGUUCGUGUAAAUACCUUCACAUAAUCGCAUAGCUCCAGAUAUCUGUGUCAAUGAGUGGCUCAACAACAGGGCUGAAUUGCACCAAGCUUCGUCGCGUCACCCAAUGGCUUCCACUGCUCCCUGUUUGUUGACUGGGAAGAGAAUUGCCUUCAGCAAGACGAAGCUGUUCAUUGUUCGCAAAAAAUGUUAAAAGGUAUUUACACCUGAGGUUUUGUUGUAUGUAUAUAAGCAGAGGGAGGCAGCAUUUCAAACAUUGGUCUGUUGGCCUUUCCUUCUAUUUUAAUUACUGUAUUUUGCAGUGUCUCUUUUGUUCAUAAACAAUGACCUCUGAUGACCCUGUUCAUGCAAUUCAGUAAUUUAAGUGACAUUAAAGUAUCAUUUUUUUUUUAUAUAUAAUAUGUCAUACCUGCUCUGUGCAGUGGUUUUGCACAGAGCAGGCCUGAUCCUUAUCUGUUUGGGUCCCCUGCUGUCGCGCCUGGCUCCUCCUCUUUAGCCAGUGCCCCCAAUAGCAAGCCAUUGCUCUGGGGGCACUGGUGUGUAUGCUUUCUCCCGAGCUCCACUCUGAGUCCAUAAGACGCACAGAACCGCCCAACGCUUUCUCCUCAUUUGCUCACUGGAUGUGAUUGACAGUAGCAGCAGCCAAUGGCUCCCACUACUGUCUCAGCCAAUGAGGACUAAGACCUGGGAGAAUCUCAGAUCUCGUGGACAUCGCUGAAUCGAAAGGGAGCUCAGGUAAUUAUUCGGGGGUUGGCUGCCACUGCACGCAGGAGGUUUUUAUCUUCCUGCAUAGAAUGCAGGAAGGUGAAUAACCUUUAAAAACACUUUAUGAACAGGAGUGGAAGAGUAUGCUAUUGAACUUCUGAAGAAUGGAGUGUGCAUAGGCACCAAUGCAUGUUUGGAAGUGCACUGCUGCUUCCAAGAAUUACAUGUUAAGUCUUUUUUUUUUUUUCUGAUUUGCCACAUUAAAACAAAUGAUUUUUUUUUUUUUUAGCAUUCUUUAAUGAGUUUAGGUUCACUUUAAGCUUCAUUACUGUCAUUGUUUCCUUCAAUUUACUACUCGACGACCCAGAGUAAGCAUGUGCAUAUGCGGUAUCUCUAGAACAAAUUUUGCACAUGCUUUAAGAUCAGUGACCCACCACUUAAUGAAAACACAAGAACCAAAUCUGUUAAGCGAAGACAUAUGGAAGACCACUAGUAUGUUAAACAUAACGUUUGAUUGAGGCAGCCCCUGGAUUUUUUCUUAUCACAAGUUUAUUUCAAAGUGACAGGGUUACUCAACUCUUGUCAUACAACACUUUAAAGUGACUGUCUCUUUAUAAAAAAAAAAAGGUGCAGACAGCUAGAGUUGUAGGCACUUUUUCUGAUUAGAGCUGCCUGCUAGUAACUUUAUUCAUUUUUUUUUAUUAAAGUGAUUAAAGUCACUUUAAUGAGUUGUACUAAUAGGCAAUGCUAGCUAAACGUUCUGCCAUCAAGAUGCAACUGCAUUUUUAUUAAAUAUGUGUUCUCUGUAGAAAAUGCAGGUGUAAGUAAAGCUUGAUUCAUUUGUCACCACUGGGGACACCACAGACCUUCUGUGUAGUAGUACACCAGUCUUUAGUAGUGUACAGGUGGUGUAUUGUCUUCAUGGUGGUUUAUGUGUGAAUCCGUAGAUGCCAGAAUAUGUAUACAAGGCCUGGUACAUCAGGGCUCAUACAAGCCAUAAGUAAUUUAUAGUGAUUUGCUUAACUCUAGUUUACCAUGUAUUUCUUGGAUUUUCACAAAUCCAUACUUAACAGACACAUUAACAUUCUACAAUAUGAGGCUACUAAAAUGUCCCUUUAAAAUGCAGUGAUGACCUAUAUUGCUAUUUUCUAAAGCUUGAUGUGAGCCCAGGGCCCAUCUCAAUGACGUAACUCAGGUGUUUUGUGCAAUAUGCCGCAACAGUGCUUAGUAGGUCCCAGUAAAGGACCAUUUAUGAUUUCUUGCCAAAUUUGCUGCAAAAAAAAAAAAAAGUUGCUGUGGCAGUUUAAUUGUGCUGUUGUGUGAAAUUAUUUUGUAGGUUGCAUAGGAUGGUGCUGUGAAAUAUAUAUAGUACCCUGUCAGUUUAGCCAUGAUUGUUUUGUAUUUCAACUAAUGUGAGUUUGACAAUUUAAAGGGCUGUUUUUACUACAUUUGAGACAUUUUCCUUGACGUUUGAGCCUGACCAAUAAGUGCAUAUUCAUAAAGCAGUGAAUCUUCCUGGAGCAUGUGUUUUUAGGUGAUUGGCUCACGUUUAGAAAGUUUUGCGUAAGCCACAUUCACGGUUUUGUAAAUAUGCACCUAUGUUCUGCUUAAAUGCUUUCAUGCGGGAAACACCUCCCACUCCGUUUUAAAGCAUGGGGUUACUAUCUGAAUGAUGUAAAUUAGUUCAUCUAUUGUCCCUAGCACAAACCCUUAAUUGUUGAAAGGAAAUUUAGUUUGAAGGGAUGGUGAAUAUUCCAGUGUUGUAUCAUUCAUGCUUUAAAUAAUUAAGGCGAGCAACUGCCAUCCCUUGAAAUGGAUUUCAAGGUA